UUUCCGUCAUACGACGAACGAGAGCCACACCAGGUUGGCCACACAUUAGAACAUUUUCAACUAUCCACCAAGGCACGCAAGCUCCACGGUUCCCUACAAGAGGCGAAAAUUUGAACGGUGCAUUUGUCGCUGACUCGGAUUAAAGAUACUCCUGGAUUACAGUUCACCGAUAACGCAACCGGAGGGAAAAUGGUGUCCGCCGAAACAAUCGGAACGAUAUUCAUCAAAGUUUUUAAAUUGGUACUGAACUUGGUAAUCCUCAUCGUCUACCGCACCGGCUAUGGGGGUGAUUUCCUGGGCGUCGGUGGCACCUGGAACCUCAACGAGGAGAAAAGUCCGGACGCGGAAAUAGUGGCUUCGGGAGUGUUCGUCGGUUAUUUCAUCUACACUGCUGUCCAGCUGAUUGCCUUUGGCUUCGGAACAACCAAACACAAGCGGGAACUGUCGGACACUAUCAUGAAUGUGGUGGGAACCUUCAUGUGGGUUGCUGUUGGCGGUACAGCACUCCACUAUUGGCACGGAUUUUUAGCCGAACAUGACUUCCAGUAUGCAACAUCGGAGCGAACGGCUGGACUCGCCCUCGGAUCGUUGUGCGUCAUCAGUGGGGCCCUCUACCUGGCUGAUUCGGUCCUGGCCUUCAUUCACUAUGCCAAGCACGAAAACAGCAAAUACUAAUGCGAAGGAGUGUGGGACCUUCUCACAAGCUUGAAAUAUUACCAUUUUAUCAUGAUUUUCGCCAAAACCGUUGCCGUUGGCACAUAGAUAUAAGAGGAAAAACUGUCAUAAUUCAAACAUAUAUAGACAUAACAAACAUAACAGCGUAACGUUUUGCGAACUUUUGCAUUGCUGUCUCUACUAAGCUACCUAGGUUUAAACUUUUAACGAACAGCCAUAGGCUACAGGCCUCUGAGAUGAAUAUGAAACAAACAUCUAGAUUUAAGGAUAGGAUAAGACCGACCUUUUUAUUGACACCAACGGUGAUAAUCACUUCACAAGACAAUAGUAAUGAAAUACAGUAAGAUACCAUUACACAGGCAGAUAUGAACAAGUGACAGCAAUUCAAAAAUACGUUACACAAAUUUUCGUUUUCAAGUUUUUCGAAGUCAUGCGGAUAAUAUUGAAAUUAAACUAUAUGGUCACGAAUUCCGGGACUAAAUACAACAAUACAUUUUCCAGUAAAUUUAUUGGCUGAAAGAAUUAAAUGCGAUUGAAGAACAUCAAAACA